AUGGACCGGGAAUUGGAGCUGGUUGGCAAGGUUGAGAUGCGCAUUGCACUCGCCAAGGAUGACAAGCUCGAAUCCAUCCUGAAGCCAUAUUUGCCCCCAUUGCUCCUUAAACUUGCUAGUGACCACGCAGCAGUCCGCAACAAGGUCAUCUCAACAUGCCAGCAUAUCAAGAUUCGCCUUGCUGGAAACCAGAAUAUUGUCUUGCCCGUAGCUGCUUUAUUGAAGCAGUACAAGGAAAAUCCAGAUUCUCCGAUGAUACGGCAUUUUGAUCUCAUGUUCAUCCAGCAGAGUGUCGGGAAAUUGUCGUCUUCGGAACAAAUGGCAUUGUUACCGACAAUUCUUCACGGUCUAGCUAAAGAUUCUGGAAAACCAACAUGUGCUACAAUCUUCAAUCUAUUUCUUCGUCUCCUUCCCCAGCUUCGUAUUCCAUUACGUGGCAGUAAAGAAGAUAUCGAGCUGCGCUUCCAACUGGGAUUAGACACUCAUAUAGAUGAUGCGCAGUUCGUAGCAUCGUGGUUUGGGAAGCUCAUGCUUCUUUCUGUGAUCAGGUCGAGCGCGUCGGGAAUAACUUGCCCGGGCCUCACAGUUCCAGAAUAUGAGUUCUUAACCUUGAACGGCAAGCAAGAAGCCUGGGACCCAUCAUCUGAUGAGGGACUGAACCUGACCCAGACUAAGAUCAUUGUCCUGGCGUUCUUAUCAAGCGGUGCUUUUACGGACGAUGAGCGGUUUCUUCCUGCCCUAUUUGCAUCUGGUGAUUCGAACUCACGGAUUUCAGGUAUUGGAGAUGACUUGCUUAAGCGAUCUACGAUCUCACUGGAAGAUCACGAAACUAUUGAAAGGCUAUUGCAUAUUUACUUCACACUCAAGCCUGCUCUCCAGACGAAGAUAUUAGUCCUUUUGAGUAAAUCUGCUGUAUCCACCACAUUCCCACAUAAAGUUGUCAGAAUUGUUCAAGAGGCAAUCUCGCCUGAUGACAAUACAAAUCUCCCGGCUAAAGGUCUUGAAACUGUGAAGUUUCGAAAUGCCUUGUUCAACUACAUGAAUUGGGUUGCCAGAAUCGGCUCUAUUGAUGAUCUUGCACAGGUUGCACCGCAACUCGUUGGCUUCAUGCGAACAUAUAUCGAAGACCAAGGCUGGCCAGUUCCCCACGAGAGAUCCACGGACGCUGCUACUUUGCGAGCUUUGGCAUAUGAGACCUUAGGUUCUCUUGCAAAGACAACCCCUUCCAUUGUGGUAGAGCAAGAUCUAUCACUGAUACGUUGGCUUUUUCGAUCCUUGACUGAAGAGGGAUCUUCCGAUGCCCUUUUCGUAAGUAUCGAAGGAGCUCUGGCGAGUUUGCUAAAUGCUUUUUCCCCACCACUGGAUGAGAAUCUGAAAAGCGAUCUACGACUCCUUCUCCUCAAGUACAUGACUCUUGUUGAGGAAGGUGCGGUCGUUCGCGGAGCUCGUUUUGCUACUGUACGUUGGGCGAAUCGAUGUCUCGAGUAUAGCGACGUUGUUGGACGAUGGAUCGACAUACUUGCUCUUGGUGGUCGUACCGACGAACGCAGUGAUGUUGUAGAGGAGGGUAAGAAAGGGCUGGAUCCCUACUGGUACCGACUUCUGAAUUCCAUAGCCGCGGCCUCUGAAUGCCCUCUUCCUGACUGGAAUGAGAUGGUAAAAGUCUUCUUCACAUCGCAAAGCCUCAUAGAAAACUCGAGCGUCGCCAACAGUAUGAAGAGUGGCAUGGAGAUUGAUUCUGUGUCUGUCUUUGGCAAUUUUUCAGGGUCGAGAAUUAACGCCUUCUCCUCUGCUGUCAACUACUGUCGUCGGAUGUUGCUUAUGACUGCUUUGCAAAAAUCGGAGACACCCUUGACAAUUGAUGCAGAUUGGGAGCGCCAGCUAGAUGUCUUGUUUCGCACUGACCAAGAUUCGCGGAAGACCAUGAAAGAUUACAUUCGGUCUGUCGACGAGGAUGCAUUGUUCACUUUUCUCACUGCUUCUUUCGAGGGGAUGCUACGCAACGAUGCGAAUGGACUGUCCGAUUGCGGUAGAUGUUUCGUCGAGAUUGCGUCGAUUAGUCCAGGCAAAGUGAUUGGCAGAAUUGCUGAACGAGCAUUGGAGCUACUUCCAUCUAUCAAAUCUAACAAUGUCGCAACUCGUUUUAUUGCUGCACAAGCCUUUGGGAUAUUAGCACCACAUCCUGCGAAUAACGAUCAGACUGUCCAUGGGGCAUUACAGUCAUUAUUGUUGGACAUCAGGCCGUGGUCCACUGCUGUGGGAGCAGAUGCCAAUAAAGUCCACGGCUCCAUUCUGGCUGUUGGCUACAUGCUUAGCAGAAGUUCCUUCUACGGACGAGCCGAGUCUAGGGAUUCUAGCGAUACCCAGACCGCCAUCGUCUCCCUUUUAGAGGUUCUUUGCGGCGCGACAGAUGCGUCUACGAAAGAAGCUGUCCUCAAUGCAAUUGGACAACUCAGUGUGUCUGGCGUCCUCACUUCGGAGCAACUAGACGCAUGUACUGCAAAAUCAGCCGGUGUAAUUGAGCUUUUGACAACAGAUGCGAAAAAAGGCAACGAGAAGUCGAUAUCUGCACUUGGCCGCUUGGCUACGAUAUUCGAAGGUGAACUGAUUGAAGAAUCCGAUACUAAGGAUCCCCUUUCACUCAUACUCGGUGGGCUCUACAGCUUAUUUGAGAUAAAGCAGGCCGAGAUACAUUUCACUGUUGGCGAGGCCAUCAGUUGUCUCGGUGCUUGCUGGGACUCCGACGUACUUCUUCUGAGUCUUGACAUCGAUGCAGCUUACAAUGGUCGACCAAAGAAGAAUUUCACCUUGGAGAAGAUACUUCAGAAGCUACUUCAAGAUUGCAAAACAACCAAGCCUUCGUUGAAAAAGGCAUCUGGUAUAUGGCUGUUCAGUCUCAUUCAGAAUUGUGGGCACCUAGUUGAAAUACAAGCCCGGUUAAGAGAAUGUCAAGCAGCUUUCAUGGGGCUGCUCUCUGCAAGGGACGAAUUGGUCCAAGAAACAGCUUCUCGUGGCUUAAGUUUGGUCUAUGAGCAAGGAGACAAGGAACUCAGGGAGAAACUUGUCAAGGACCUGGUUGCGUCCUUCACAGGAACAUCUGCUCAGCUCAAGGUUGAUGACGAUACCGAGCUGUUUGAGCCUGGUGCUUUGCCAACGGGAGAAGGAAACUCGGUCACUUCCUACAAAGACAUCAUUUCUCUGGCGAAUGAAGUCGGGGAUCAAAGUCUUGUCUACAAGUUCAUGUCUCUUGCCUCAAAUGCAGCCACUUGGUCAACACGUGCUGCUUUUGGUAGAUUCGGACUGAGCAACAUUCUUUCAGACUCCGAAAUAGACCCCAAAUUGUACCCUAAGCUAUAUAGGUACCGCUUUGACCCGAAUCCAAAUGUUCAGCGCUCGAUGAACGACAUCUGGACAGCUCUCGUGAAAGACUCCAGUGCCACUAUCAACCAGUACUUCGACGAGAUUCUGGCCGACCUCCUUAAAAGCAUUCUGGGCAAGGAAUGGCGAACAAGGCAAGCGAGCUGUGCUGCUAUCGCCGACCUUGUUCAAGGACGCGAAUUUGACAAAUAUGAGAAACAUCUAUCAGACAUCUGGCAGGUCGCUUUCAAGGUUCUCGAUGAUAUCAAAGGCUCCGUCCGAGAGGCUGCAUUGAAGCUCAGUAUGGUACUGACGAACACGCUUGUACGCCAAAUCGAGGCCGGAACGGAAUCGAAACAUGCUCAGGCUAUGUUGAAAGAGGUUUUGCCAUUUCUGCUAUCAAGCCAGGGCAUGGAGAGUUCGGCAAAGGAAGUUCGUGUUUUCGCAACAGUUACUGUCCUCAAAAUCAUCAAGAAUGGCGGCAAGACCUUGUUACCGUUCGUUCCACACCUAGUUGAACAACUCCUAGGACUUCUCAGCACCAUGGAGCAGGAGGGCAUCGAUUAUGUUUACCUCAGAGCGGCGCAGUACAAUCUGACCGAGGCGAAGAUCGACAAUGCGAGAUCGACAGCUGUUUCCCAGUCACCAUUGAUGGAAGGUAUUGAGAAGUGCCUCGAUCAACUUGAUGAGUCCACUAUGAAAGAUCUCGCUUACCGGCUUGAAAAUGCUAUCAAGACGUCCAUUGGAAUGCCAUCGAAGAUAGGAUGCGCUGGAGUACUUGUUAGCCUUGCUAUGAGACACGCCUUUGUCUUCAAAUCACACGCAGACGCUUUCCUCAAGGUUACCGAAAAAGCAGUGUUGGAUCGUAACAACGCUGUCAGUGCUGCAUAUGCCAGAGCAACCGGAUAUCUCUCUCGCUUGGGAUCUGAUGAUGGUCUUUUGAGGCUCGCUUCGUAUGCCAAGAGUCUUUAUUUCAACGCGGAAGACGAAACACGACGACAAGUCUCAGGCGAAAUCAUCUACGCUGUAUCUAAAUUUGCUACAGAUCGAUUCAAUUCUGUGGCUUCAGACUUCUUACCCUUUGUCUUCUUCGCUAAACAUGAUCUUGACGAGCACGUCAAGGAGCAGUUUGACAAGACUUGGAGCGAGAAUGUGGGCGGCUCGCGUGCUGUUAUAUUGUACUCAAAGGAGAUUAACGAGAUAGCCGUCGAACGCCUUGAGUCAGCCAAAUGGACCAUCAAGCAUACAGCUGCUUUAACGAUUGCGGACGUUGUGGUCUCAUCUGGAACCGAGAUAAGUGGCGCGAGCGCUGCUGCCAUUUGGCCUGCAUUAGAGAAGGCUCUUGCACUCAAAACCUUCGAUGGCAAAGAGAAAGUGCUUGACGCUUUUGUCAAGUUCACGAAAUCCGGCAAAUUACUCUGGACUGCUGAGCCCAGCAUUGCCGCGCAGAUGAAGAAAAUUGCGCUCCGGGAGGCAAAGCGCAACAACGACACAUAUCGGCCCAAUGCCUUUUCUAGCCUUGGAGAGUAUAGUGAGGCUCGCACGGACAUAGACAUGUUUGACGAUGUGUACAGUGUCGUCGCUCCCAUACUUGAGGAUUAUAACGGCGAGGACAAGAUGGAUACAAGCGACGACACCAAAGAAGGAAACAAUUCACAUGAGUCGGCAGCGACGACAGCUGGUAUCUCGGCUCUUUUCCGAGCUGUGAAUAUCAAGCUCUUAGAUCCAUCUCCACUCAGCCAUCUACCAAAGCUUCUGGGGAUUACCCAAAUGGGCACGGCCUCAAGUAAAGUCACAGUGGCUACGAAACUCACUCUCUACGAGCGCUCAAAGGUUCUGUUUGAUGGUCUUCGAAAGAGAACUAAUGCCCAAGGGUCGAAUCGCUACGAACUAGCACUCAACUUUUUUACGAUUUUAGAAAUUGCGAGUGGCGCAGGUACAGAGAUCAUGAGAUUGAAGAGAGCCGAAGCAGCUGAGAUGAUCGUCGAGUGCUUUGUCGGAGGUGUUUUCGGGAUGUUCAAGGAUGGAAGAGGUGAGCUGAAGGCUAAGAUUAAAGACAUGCUUGGUGAAGCUAGGAGGAAUGAGCGUUCUCCUGGUGUGCAGACUGUUCUUGAUAGAUCGCUCAUGACACUAGAGGCAUGA